AUGUCGAGAGUCACGGCGCUGGAAUCGGUGGCGGCGACCGCCGCCGCUCGGAGGCAGCCACUGCUGGCGAGGACCGCGACGUCAUCGGCGACAUCGAGCGACUGCGCCGACGCGAAGGACGGCGGCGGAGGGAGGAACAGGCGGGGGAGCAGGAUAGGGGAGAUGGCGGGGGAGUGCGCGGCGGUGUGCUGCUGCUGCCCGUGCACAAUGGUGCACCUCCUGAUCCUCGCCGUGUACCGCCUCCCGAGGGGCCUGUGGAAGAAGAAGAAGCGGAAGAUGUUGCUGAGGAAGAAGAAGCGGAAGAAUUUGUCGGAGGAGGCGGCGAAUCGGCGGAGAUCGAGCUCGCUCGUGUUCCACGGCGGCGACGCGGCGGCGGAGGAGGGGGAGUCGACGGAGGAUGAGGAUCGCGGGGUGGAAAACGACGUCGUUGACUGGGAUAAUGAGAUGUGGGACCGGUUCUACGGCGCUGGGUUUUGGAGGAGCGCGUCGCAAAGAAGCGACGAAUGA